AUGACCCUCGACCGAGGUAUGCCUGUUUGUUUCAUGGUACCCAGUAACCAAGGGUCCAAGAAGCUUUCCACAGUCGCCCCGGCAACCGUUCUCGUCUUUUGGACACGUAUUCCACCACCUCCUCCCUUUCACCCCUACAGACACAGAGAAAGAAAGACACACACACACACUCACAUUUACACUUCGUGCGGCGGAAAUGGAGAGAGGAGUCGUCCAGCUGCUGACCAUCUGAUCCUCGAUGCUCCCUCUGCAAGCAUGGCUAAGUCUGCAUUUCCAAGCUUGGUGUGUGACUAUCCAUCCCCUCAGCCAAGCUCACCAUGUGCCAUCCUGCAGUUGUGUGGAACUUGUGGGAGUCGGUCGACUGCUGCACAUGAUUACCAGAAAAGAGAAUCCGUUGUCAUUGCACCAGGAUACACCCUGUCUCGGACCAAGAGUAACAUUAGUGUCUCCUUGUGUGAUGAGUUCUUCAAUCGACCCAAGCCUGUCAGGACAUAUGUUUCAAGGCCUCCACCAGAGAAGGACAUGGAGCAGCUGAUCAAGGACCUGCAGGAGCAGAUCAGUCAGCUGGUGCAGUUACUAGAACAGGAGAGCUACAAGCAGAUGGCCAUGGAGAGGAAGUUUCAGAAUGAGAACAAGGAGGCAAAGUUGUUGCUGGAGAAGAAGCAUGAAGAACACCUGAGUGAAAUUGCCACUACCCAUGCUCUUGAAGUCAAGAAGAUGAAAGAGGAGUUUGAAGAGACAAUGGUGGAGUUCAAGAUGGACGCAGAGAAGCAGUAUGUUGAGCUGAAGGAAGAGCUUGAUAACACACAAGCUGCAUUUAUGUCCUAUAAGGAAUCCAUCAUUGAAGAAAUGAAUGAAAACUGGGCACAGAGAGAAGCUGAAAUGAAGAAGCAGUUUGAAGCAGACAAGAUAAUGGAGUUGAGCCUGCACGAGAACACCUUGAAAAAGAAAUGUGACCAAGAGAAAAAGUUAAUUGAAGAGCAAUUCCAAGAACAGAUUACUUCCAUGCUUGAGGAACACAAAACUGAAAUGGAGGAAGCUGCUAACAAAUUUAAUGCCAUUUUUGGAACAGUCGACGAGCUAAAAAUAUCAAAACAGAAGAUCCAGGAUCUGCAGGAACAGCUGGAAAAGAAGACAGAAGAGCUACAGUAUCAGACUGAACACCUAAGCCAUGUCAUGGAACGCCUACAAGCAAUGGAAGCUAAACUGACUGAAUCUGAAGGACUCUACAAGACAGACAUAAGCACCCUGCAGAGGAAAUACCUGAGUUCCAUAGAAGUUUUAGAGAAUCAAAACAUUGAUCUGAAGCAAUUGUUUGCUCUGAAAGCUGAAGAACUAUGUGUCCUAAAGGCCAAAAUAGAGGAGCAAGAGAGAAUACAGAAGCUUAAAAUGAAAGUAAAUCUCCAGGUCACUUCACAAGAAUAAAGCAAGGUCAAUGCAAGGGACAUGGAUGAGACAUUGUAGCCAGAAUUUCCUCUGGCUCCUCAAACAGAUGGCAGCAAACCACAUGCACUUGUCCAUGUGCAUCACAGUCAAAGGGAUUGAGUACAAGAUUGAAAAUGUAUGGAGCAAAGAUUAGCAACUACACCCCAUGGUACGUUUUGCUUGGUUCAAAUGUACAAUUGUUCACUGGGAACAUUGUUUUGUAAA